AUACAUCGUGACUGUCGUAUACACGAGAAUGUUUUGGAGUGGAGCAAGUUCAGGAGGUAACGGAAAUUGUUCACUGGGAUAGUUUCAUUCAUGCUGGGGUUUUGAGGCUUCUUGAAAUCACACUUUUUAAACUUUUCAUCGUCUGCAACUUUGAAAUUAGUAUUUGUGUUUUAUUAAUUUUUUUUUACUUUGAGAAAUUUGCCAAAAACAUUUUUUUUUUUUUCAAAAAUGUUUCGUAGCAUUAAAAUACGUUUCAACUUACGAUUGUUUAAAUUCAAAUGGAUGAAUUUUAAUUAAGCGGAGCAGGAAGUAAAGUUUGCUGGAGAACAGAGCUAUGUUGUGUUUGGUGUCAAGUGAACUCAUUCCGUUAUGGAUUACCGUAGCCCUGUCUUUUAAGUCGUGUUAAUGACCGUCCUUCAACUUGGAGACCUAAAGUUUGAUAGACAGCAGUACUUCCGGGGAAUAAUCUGCUAAUAUACCGUCAAUUUUAAUAAUAUUUGGACCAAGAGUUAAACGGAUUUAACGCCAAGAUGUCUGCUUGUCUGCACUCACAGAAACAGUGUGUGCAAUCUGAAGUUUAAAACAUUUGUGGGGUAAAAAACGAAUUCAUAAAAAAAAAAAUCAAAACAAGUGUGUAUUAAAACAAAUAAAUGAAAUUAAAAAAAAACACGCAUAAUGAUACCCUAAAAAAAAAACACUUGCUAAAAUAUUUUAGAGAAAAGCUUUACCCCAAAAUUCUGUUGUUUUUGUUGUUGUUGCUGUUGUUGUUUUUUGUUGUUUUUUUUUUUUGUUUUUUUUUGUUUUUGUUUUUGUUUUAUUUAAUUAUAAGUGUUAUGUCCGCGUAUUCUUUCUCCUGUCAAACAAUGUUUUAUUGUUAUAAUUUGUUUGUAACAUUAAUUUUAAAACACUUAUUUGACACUUGAAAAGGAAUUCCUUGUUCUUAGCAAUGAUCGUUUCAAUAAAUCCUCGUCUCGAACAAGCUGGGGUGCAAAUCAGACUUUUGUCUUUCUGAUCUCCGCGUUAUAAGUUAUACUCAAUUACUUAAAAGAUAUUGAACCCAAACAUUACAAUCAGUACCGAAAUGUUCACAAAAUUAACCAGUUAUUUUCUAUUAGUAAACCUAAGUUUUUGGUGGAGAUGAUUUUGGGGGGUGGGGGAGUGGGGGGGGGGGCGUACAAAUUGAAGAAAAAAAGUGAAACAAAAAUUCUUUAAAAAAGAUAUUCACCGGAAAAUCUUUAUAUUUUUUUAAUUACGGUAUUAAAAAAAAAUCUGGCAGCCUCUGAGAUAAAGCAAUUAGAUAUCUAAAGAUGAGAAUUGUGCUAAUAGGAUUCAAUGAUGAGAUAUCGUAAAUGUUUAACACAACACACACAUGACAUGACAUAAUGACAUAUCUCAGUUGAAUGACAUGACUUAAUGACAUAUCUCAGUUGAAUGGCAUGACUUAAUGACAUAUCUCAGUUGUGUCUCCUUGUAAUAAACGCGUUAAGAUUGUUUUAAUCAAUGUUCACAUUUUCACCGAAAUGUCCAUUUUGUAUAUUAUAAAAAAGAACGUAUAUUAUUAUAAUUAAAAGUUGUUUUUUAAGCCAUGGAUUCAUGACAUAAGCCUUCUAUCUAAUAAGAAUAAUCAACCCGAGGACUAGCAAUAUUUAUGACCUUCUCUGAGUGUGACAAUUAAUUAAUUAUUUUUACUAUAAGAUCGCCUCCAAGAGAAGCUUUUCCCUACAGAGUAGUGACCACAGCGUUCCUUUGAUCGGCAGAACGCGCUGCAUGAACCUCACCGUCUUGAUUUUAAAGUCGAAUGCCAAUAGAUGACAUUUUUUUCAGAUCAAGAAGCACCAAUUUUUUAAAGGUGAAAAAGGAAUUUUGAUGAUUUGAUCUAGUUUGUUUGGGAAAUCACUGAAUUUUGAUCAUUUGAUCUAGUUUGUUUGGGAAAUCACUGAAUUUUGAUCAUUUGAUCUAGUUUGUUUGGGAAAUCACUGAAUUUUGAUCAUUUGAUCUAGUUUGUUUGGGAAAUCACUGAAUUUUGAUCAUUUGAUCUAGUUUGUUUGGGAAAUCACUGAAUUUUGAUCAUUUGAUCUAGCAUGUGUGGGAAAUAAAUGAAUUUUGAUCAUUUGAUCUAGUUUGUUUGGGAAAUCACUGAAUUUUGGUGAUUUGAUCUAGCUUGUUUGGGAAGUCACUGAAUUUUGAUGAUUUUAAACGCCAUUUCAAUCAGUGAUAACAAGUUAAGGGAUUCACAAUGACAGAAAAGAGAUUUUUAAAAUAAACCCUUUUUAACUACUACUAAUAAAAAUAACUUCACAGGAAUCCUGGCACUGGCCAUUCUGUAUAUCCUUAACGGAUAUGACGUCGAUGGUCAAGCCACGUUCGCGAUCGAUCAGACCUACAAUGCGACAUCUAAAGCGGAAGUGCAGAAAACGAACGCCUCUGCUUCCAAUGAACACCAAGGUGCGCGCGCAUUCACGGAAGACCAAAACUCCACGUUCACGUUUCCGGAACGCAUGGACUGCGAGCAGAGACUACUGGCCGAGGCGUACACCUGUGUUACCAAACAUGGCAUCGACUUCAAUCAGUUCCUCCUGAUGGCAGUAUCCACCAUCAACGAGGAUGCCAACGUCACCAAACCGGCGAUAACAGAUGGGGUGAACAUGACGGAAUUCAGAGAGCAAGUUUGCAAGUUGGUAUAAGGUUUUGAAAAUAAAACUAAGGUUUAAGUCCCCCACCCCCUAUUUUUGUUUCUUCCCAAUCCACUCCCAAGAACUCUCGUGUAAUCCCACUCAUGCGAUUACACUCACCUAAAAUUAAUAUUUGGUAAAUUAUACCAAUACUCCUGACACACUCCUGACACAUACCCUGACACACUUCCCGGAAACGAUGAGAUCAUGGUAGAAUUUCACCACAGUUCGACGGUUCAUUGCAGAUAAGCAUCGUUUCAACACAAUACCAUUUUUUGCCUAAAAUUAAAAGUUGGAAUUCAGAAAUAUUAAACUUUUUCCAGAUCCAUAUUUAUUAUAUGAGAUCUUUUAAGAUGAAAUGUUGAACGUUAUUAUUAUAUCUUUGGAUAAAACCUUCGUAAGAGACGUUAGAGUGCUGGUUUCUACCGUAAGGCUAAGGCGACGGCGGAGACCGCUUUGAAAAAAAAAAAGGGGGGGGGUGCGAUCUUACAUUAUUCAAAAAAUUAUACAACGAUAUAUCUGUACCUAAGUGUGGUGGAGGGCACUGGGUUAUACAUUUUCAGAUAUGUGCUUUAAACAUCAGAACCUGUCCUGCUUUUUUUUAAAAACAUGCUUCAUUCGAUAUUUGGUUUACAUCAUACAGCAGGCAUAGCAUUUCAUUUUGACUAAUCCCAGUCUAUUUUUUUAAAAUUCAAAGAUAUUCACUGUAUACUCUACAAAUAUGUUAACAGCUUCUUUCCAGAUCUCCCCGACAUUUCAUCGUCACCAUUGCUCCUUUCUCCCUCCCCCCCACCCCCAAUCCCCCCAGGGUUCGUGACUCCAUCAUGACGUGCACGUUCAACGCGGCCAAAACCCUGAUCGACGCCCAGGCGUGUGCCAACAGCGCCCAGCCCGGCCAAGGGAGCGACGCCACCGAUGACCUGCUCCUGAACGACCAGCGGUAUUUGGUGAAAGAGCAGAUGGAGGCCAUCCUCGGACAAUAUGACGUCUUCUGCGCUGAACGUAAGAAGUUUUUUUUUUUUUAAAAAAAACAGUAGGAUUGGACUCACUGUGAUUGCGUCGAUCCUGGCCAGUCCCCCGAUUAUUAGAUAAUUUUAAUUCCGCUGUAUUGAACCCAAAUUUCUUCAUACGAGUGUCACACAUGGAAAACGUGUAAGGAAAAAGUAGCUCAAUUUAUUUUUUUUUACUGAAGGUGCAAUGAAAGUAACGUGAAGAUAAAAUAUGUUAGGUUGUUAUGAAAAUGAAUUAUUCCAGUGAUAUUUCUUUGUGUGUGUGGCCUCAGCUUGCAGGGAAACUUUGCUGGAUGACAUGAAGGCAUGCUACGAAAAGUUUGAGCUGGACCCGGCCAUUUUCUUGCCAACCAAAUCAAGCGGCCCUGUGAUUGGUUCAGACAGCUGGGAGGUGGAUACAUUUUGCAAGUAAGUAAAAAAAAAAGGGGGGGGGGGGAGAUGUUCCUAGGCUCCAGACGAGUUAGGGGGGGGGGGGCAAAAUGGGCUUUGAAUUUAUUUUAUUGUAACCAAAUCAAGCGGCCCUGUGAUUGGUUCAGACAGCUGGGAGGUGGAUACAUUUUGCAAGUAAGUAAAAAAAAAAGGGGGGUGGGGGAGAUGUUCCUAGGCUCCAGACGAGUUAGGGGGGGGGGACAAAAUGUGCUUUGAUAUUAUUUUAUUGAUGAAGUUGAUGGGUUUGAGAGUUGAGGAAAGAAAGGGAGACUCUUUAAAAUGAAUCUUGUCCCCCGGGGCGCCAAACACUCUAGCUACGCCUCUGAGUGUGUACCACCGCUUCCUGAAGUGUAUCCAAAAUCGAUUCAGCAAAAAAAAAAAAGGUGGUUGGGUACCGACACAAUGUAACAGUAGGCCAAAACAAAAAAUCUCAAGCUGUAGAUACCUUCACUCAAUGUUGUGACAGUUCUAAAAGGUCCACGAAAAACGUCACGUCACAACGACCAACACAGACUUGGCCCCGGGCCAGCAAACUACAUUAUUUAAAAAAAACUCGACUUAAUUAAUGAAGAACAAUGAUAGCAAUAUAUAUUUUUUUUUAAAUAGUUGAAUACAUUUUUGUCCUGCACAGAAACAGGAACAGCUUGGUCAGCUGUCUGAAGACAACACGUGACAGUUGUCCACAGUCUGAUCAGGUGUUAAGCGCCAUCAGCCUUGACCUUGACACCAUGGCUAAAGGAUUUGAAGUUUUGUGUUCCGAAACUGAUGGUAGGUUGGAAACGGUGAUAGAUGGGACACAAUGUUCCCUUUAAGCAGCGCGGCUGCGCGGCCGCCUCACAGACGCCGCGCAGCAGUUUUUAGUAUCCGCGCAGCAAAUUUCCAUGCAAGUGAGUGUUUGUAUUUGUUGGCUGUAAAAUUUUGCACACAAAAAAAUCGAUGCUGUAAAACUUUGCACACAAGUGUAUGAUUUUGCACACGAACCAGCAAACAUUAGAGGGAACAUUGAAGGGAACUGUGAUUGUUGGGAAUGGUGAUUGUUGGGAAUGGGGAUAGUUGGAACUGGUGAUAGUUGGAAACUAAUGGUUCAUAAAAUGAUAAUCGACAAAAUGUUUAUUUAAGAAUAAAUGACAUAGAAUGUGUAAGUUCCAGAACGUUUCUCCAGUGUAUCAUUUCACUAACAAUUACAUUGUCUGUUCAUCUCAUUUUAAAGUCACUAGUGUAAUCAUUUCAGCACAAAUUACAUUGUCUUUUCACCACACUUUAAAUUUAAAGUCACUAGUGUAAUCAUUUCACUAACAAUUACAUUGUCUUUUCACCAUACUUUAAAGUCACCAGUGUAAUCAAUUCACUAACAAUUACAUUGUCUUUUCACCACACUUUAAAGUCACCAGUGUAAUCAAUUCACUAACAAUUACAUUGUCUGUUCACCAUACUUUAAAGUCACUGGUGUGAUCAUUUCACUAACAAUUACAUUGUCUGUUCACCAUACUUUAAAGUCACCAGUGUAAUCAAUUCACUAACAAUUACAUUGUCUGUUCACCAUACUUUAAAGUCACUGGUGUGAUCAUUUCACUAACAAUUACAUUGUCUGUUCACUAUACUUUAAAGUCACUGGUGUGAUCAUUUCACUAACAAUUACAUUGUCUGUUCACCACAUUUUAAAGCCUAUUAUUUUAUAGGGUUCCCAGCAUGGGCGUCUGCCCCCCUUGAGUGGUGGAAGCCCCCCCCCCUCCACCACAUCUUGGUCACUAUUUUUGGAUCAUGGUAUUGGUAUUUAAUUUGAGAGUUCAUUAUUGUCAACAUGUAGAGUGUAGACACCCUUGGUUAAGCUUGCAUGUACGAUACACACAAAAAAAAUAUUAAAGGCUGGAUGUUGCUGAGACAUUUCAAAACCUAAUGAUCAGAAAGAGUAACUCUCUUAGUAUGUACCACUAAUCGUCUCUUAGUAUGUACCACUAAUCGUCUCUUAGUAUGUACCACUAAUCGUCUCUUAGUAUGUACCACUAAUCGUCUCUUAGUAUGUACCACUAAUCGUCUCUUAGUAUGUACCACUAAUUGUCUCUUAGCAUACCCCAUUUUUGAACAUCUAUUAGUAUGUACCACUAUUAAGCGUCUAUUAGUAUGCACCACUAUAAAGCGUCACUGAGUAUACACCACUAUUAAGCGUCACUGAGUAUACACCACUAUUAAGCGUCUAUUGGUAUACACCACUAUUAAGCGUCACUGAGUAUACACCACUAUUAAGCGUCUAUUGGUAUACACCACUAUUAAGCGUCACUGAGUAUACACCACAAUUAAGCGUCUAUUGGUAUGCACCACAAUUAAGCGUCCUUAUCAACGGUGCAUGCGCCAAUUAAUUGCUUUAAAACUGCUUGGAGGCCCGAGGUACAUUUGCAUUGAUCUUUGAUGUACUUGUAUUUACGUUAUCUCCCGUGCUCUGUUGUACAGUUUACCUGAAGGGCUUGGACUGCUUUGAGACCCACUCCCACCAGGUGGGGGUGUGCCAUUCUGUCAAAUACAGGGGUGUCAUCCGGGCAGCCCAGAGGGCUACUGAACUCAAGUGGUCACAAGAUAAAUACUUUAACGAGGUUUGUGGGUGAGUGGCUUUCAGCAUUGUCACAACCAUCACUGGGUAUCACAAUUCAGAUUGUGUAUGUGUAUACAUACAUAUAUAUAUAUAUAUAUAUAUAUAUAUAUAUAUGUGUGUGUAUAUAUUAUAUAUAAAAUAAUACGUUGCUAUGGAUAACAUAAUAUAUUACUAUUUCUAGCAUGAUACUUCAGCAUUGUCACAACCAUCACUGGGUAUCACAAUUCAGAUUGUGUAUGUGUAUACAUACAUAUAUAUAUAUAUAUAUAUAUAUAUAUAUAUGUGUGUGUAUAUAUUAUAUAUAAAAUAAUACGUUGCUAUGGAUAACAUAAUAUAUUACUAUUUCUAGCAUGAUACGUUGCUAUGUAUAACAUGUUAGGUGGCCUAGGUAAAACAUUUUAAGUUUUUAGGUACCGGUACAAUUUUAUAGGUUGUUUUGAAAGAACAUUCAAGAUUUCUAAUUACAGACAUUUUUCUAAAGAUAAUUUAUGAAGACAAAAUAAUAAUUUACACCAUUAAAAGUCCCUCACUCAAUUGUAUUUAUAAUCAUACCACAAUUACAUCGCUGUUGGAAUAUAACAUGUCUUCAGACACAUGCUAGUACUUGGUACCAUUCUGUGCAUCGGCAGACAGAAUGUCAUUGAGCUCGAUGUGAAUCCACUAAACUUGAAAUGUAUCGAAAUGUAUAAUUUUAACAAAGCUUUUCUAUUAGGGUUAGAAACGCAUUAUAAAAGCAAAGGCACGUUUUUCUAAACAAAAAUAUAUUCUAUUUCAGGGUUAUCGUACGUCACAUUGAAUGCGAUAUGAACGCGUGGGUGGAGAGAAAAGACGAAAAGUGUAAUGGGAAGAUCCUCGCACUGAAACGGAAGUUACACUGCAGCCUCGUUCACGAGCAGUGCGAGAAGUCCUACAGUGACG